UGUCUGGCAGGCUGUUGUGUGCAAUACGGUUGAUGCUUGGACUGUGGAUUCUUCAAUGGGGGUCCGAUUUCGUGGAUGAUCUGGAAUACAAUAAUUAAUUUAACGCUGCCACAAACUCAACAAUUCAUUGGAAUAAACUUGGACUAUAGUACAAUCCCCAUAGAAUAAGCCCCCAUUGUGCCACCGCCAGGCCCUGGUGAGCAGCAGCCAUGGUGGAAAACGACGUACAAAUGGAUAUAGAGCCAGACUUGGACGAUGCAGGGGGAGCCAAGCUCUUUGAGCGCUCCCGUAUUAAGGCACUCGCAGAUGAGCGUGAGCUGGUCCAGAAGAAGACCUUCACCAAGUGGGUCAACUCCCAUCUCCAGCGGGUGUCUUGCCGCAUCGUCGACCUGUACACAGACCUGAGGGAUGGCAGGAUGCUCAUCAAGCUCCUGGAGGUCCUUUCAGGAGAGAGACUGCCAAAACCAACAAAAGGCAAGAUGCGAAUCCACUGCCUGGAAAAUGUGGACAAAGCCCUCCAGUUCCUGAAGGAAAAGAGGGUUCACCUGGAGAACAUGGGAUCCCACGACAUCACAGACGGCAACCACCGCCUGACCCUAGGUCUUAUCUGGACCAUCAUUCUCCGCUUCCAGAUCCAAGACAUCAGCUUUGAGGACGAGGACAACCAGGAGACACGCUCGGCCAAGGAUGCCCUGCUACUGUGGUGCCAGAUGAAGACGGCCGGCUAUGCCAAUGUCAACAUUCGCAACUUCACCACCAGCUGGCGGGACGGCCUGGCCUUCAACGCGCUUAUCCACAAGCACCGACCUGACCUGAUCCAGUACGAGAAGCUGACCAAGUCCAACCCCAUCCACAACCUGAACAAUGCCUUCAACGUGGCCGAGCAGAAGCUGGACCUGUCCAAGCUCCUGGACCCAGAAGAUAUCAAUGUUGACCACCCUGACGAGAAGUCUAUCAUCACCUAUGUGGUCACCUACUACCACUGCUUCUCCAAGAUGAAGCAGGAGACGGUGUCCAGCAAGCGAAUCGGCAAGGUCAUUGCCACAGCCAUUGAGAACGACAAGCUGAUCACGGAGUACGACAAGAUCACCUCGGAGCUGCUCCAGUGGAUUGAGCAGACCAUCAUGAUCCUCAACGACCGCACCUUCUCCAACAGCCUACAAGGUCUCCAACAGCAGCUCUUGGCAUUCAGCACAUACCGAACUGUGGAAAAACCUCCCAAGUUUGUUGAGAAAGGCAACUUGGAGGUACUCCUGUUCACCAUCCAGAGUAAGAUGAGGGCCAACAACCAGAGGCCAUUCACCCCAAAAGAAGGCAAAAUGGUCCAUGACAUCAACAAGGCCUGGGAGAGGCUGGAGCGGGCCGAGCACGAGCGGGAGCUGGCCCUGCGGCAGGAGCUGAUCCGCCAGGAGAAGCUGGAGCAGCUGGCCGCCCGCUUCGACCGCAAGGCCGCCAUGCGGGAGACCUGGCUGAGCGAGAACCAGCGGCUGGUGGCCCAGGACAACUUUGGCUACGACCUUCCGGCUGUGGAGGCAGCAGCCAAGAAGCACGAGGCCAUCGAGACGGAUAUCUACGCCUACCAGGAGCGGGUGCUGGCCGUGGUGGCCGUGGCCCAGGAGCUGGAGGAGGAACGCUACCACGACAUUGAGAGGAUCGUAGCGAGGAAAGACAAUGUGCUGAGGUUGUGGGACUACCUAAUUGAGCUGUUGAAGGGUCGCCGGACUCGUCUUGACCUGUCGUUGGAGAUUCAGAGAAUCUUCCAAGAGAUGCUGCUGCUUCUAGAUUCUAUGGAUGAGACAAAGAUCCUCCUGUUGUCAGAAGACCUGGGCAAACAUCUGAUCGGUGUGGAAGACCUGAUCCAGAAGCAUGCCCUCCUGGAAGCUGACGUGGCAGGCUAUGGGGACCGAGUCAGCACCGUCAACCACCAGGCCUCCAAGUUCAUGGACCCCAAGGGGCCCGAUGGAUCUGGCUACCUGCCAGUUGACCCCCAGGUUGUGGCGGACCGCAUGACCCACCUGGAGGAGAGCUACCAGGAGCUGUUGGAGCUAGCCCGGCGCCGCCAGGACAAGCUGGGCGAGUCGCGCGAGCUCUGGCAAUUCUUCUGGGACCUGGCCGACGACGAGAACAUGAUCAAGGAGCAGGCCCAGAUCAUGUCCUCCCAGGACAUUGGGCACGACCUAACAAGUAUCAACCUGCUCAUCAAGAAACACAAGGCUCAAGAGGACGAGCUGGUGGGUCGUCAUGCCCAGCUGAUGGCCAACAUCAAGGUGGGUGAAGACCUGAUUGCCAAGGAGCACUUUGGAGCGCCCCAGAUCCAGUCUCGCAUUGACAAGGUCAAGGACGACUGGUCACGCCUGGAGGAACUCUGCAAACAGCGCAAGGACCGCCUCAAUGAAGCUCAAGACAUGUACCAGUUCUUCGCUGACGCCGACGAUGUUGACACCUGGAUGCUGGAUACACUGCGUCUAGUGUCCAGUGAGGACGUUGGACGCGAUGAGCCCAGUGUGGAGUCUCUCCUUAAGAAGCACAAGGAGAUCACAACAGAACUUCAGAACUACCAAACGGUGAUUGAUGCUCUACAUACACAAGCAGAGCAGCUCGGUGAACAGGACCGGGAUUCUCCCGAGGUCCAGGCCCGCCUGGGCACCAUCAACCGUCGCUACAAGGAGCUCUUGGAGUUGGCCAAGCUUCGUAAGCAGCGCCUGCUGGAUGCCCUGUCCCUCUACAAGCUGUUCAAUGAAGCCGACACCGUGGAGGCCUGGAUUGAUGAAAAGGAGCAAACGCUACAGUCGGUGGUGCCAAUGGAAGACUUGGAGUCCAACGACGUUAUCCUGACCCGCUUUGACCGCUUUGAGAAGGAGAUGGAGAUAAAUGCCCCCAAGGUGGCUGUCGUCAACCAGCUGGCCCGCCAGCUGCUGCUUGUGGAGCACCCCAACUCCCAGGAGAUCACCAGCAAGCAGAACCACCUCAACCAGCGCUGGGCGGCCCUGCGGCGUCUCCUGGAGGAGCGCCGGGACGCCGUUCUCUCGGUCCGCCAGGUUCAGACCUACCACAUUGAGUGCAUUGAGACCACCACCUGGAUCAAGGACAAGGCCCGCCUGAUCGAGGCCACUAAAGACCUGGGCAACGACCUGGCGGGCAUCAUGGCCCUGCAGAGACGCCUCAAGGGCAUGGAGGGUGACCUGGCUGCUAUCGAUGCCAAGCUGGAAUCCUUGGAGAAGGAAUCGGAUAAGCUGGCUGAGGAGCACCCAGAGGAUGCGGAAGAGAUCCGACACCGCUUCCAGCUCAUCAUCGAGAUCUGGAAGGAGCUGAAGGAACUGCUGAAGACACGGGAGGCAGCCCUGAGUGAGGCCGGGGACCUGCAGGAGUUCCUGCGGGACCUGGAUGACUUCCAGACCUGGCUGUCCAAGACCAUGACGGCCGUGGCCUCGGAGGAUAUCCCCGAGAGCCUGAAAGAGGCAGAGAAGCUGCUCAACAAGCACGCCGCCAUCAAGGAUGAGAUUGACAGCUAUGAGGAGAACUACGCCAAGAUGAAGGAGCAGGGCGACCGCAUCACCGAGGGCCAGACCGACACACAGUACAUGUUCCUCAAACAGCGUCUUCAAGCCUUGGAUGAUGGCUGGAUUGAGCUGCACCAGAUGUGGGACAACCGACAGCUACUGCUGUCCCAGGCUCUCAACCACCAGAUGUUCCUGCGCGAUGCCCGGCAGGCCGACCACCUGCUCAACCAGCAAGAGAGCUUCCUGGCCAAGGUGGAGCAGCCCAAUUCCUUGGAGGCAUGCGAUGAUGCCAUCAAGCGCUAUGAGACCUUCCUCACCCAGAUGGACACCAACGACGAGAAGAUCAACAGCGUGCUCAGCUUCGGCCAACGCCUGUGCGACGAGAAUCACUACGCCGCUGACAAGAUCAACAAGAAGGCGGAAAAUAUUGAUGAGAGGCGCAAGGCCAACCGCGAGGCCGCAGAGGCCACCCUGAACCGCCUCAAGGACAACCGGCUGCUGCAGUCCUUCCUGCAGGAGGCGGACGAGCUGGGCAUCUUUCUGGUGGAGAAGACGGUGGUGGCCCAGGAGGAGACCUACGACGAGGCCCGCAGCCUGCACGGCAAGUGGCAGAAGCACCAGGCCUUUGAGGCGGAGCUGUCUGCCAACAAGGACCGGCUGGAGAAACUCAAGGAGCAUGGAGACCGGUUAGUCAAGGAGAAGCCCGAGGUGGAGGAGGUGGUGACCAAGCGUCUGGCCGACCUAGACCACUCCUGGAAGGACCUGGAUGAGAUGACAGACGUCAAAGGCAAGAAGCUUUUCCAGGCCAACAGCCAGCACCUCUUCAACGAGAGCUGUAACGACUUUGACAACUGGUUGACUGACCUGGAGACGCAGCUGACCCAUGAGGAGCCCACGCAGGACCUGAAGUCGGUCAUGAUGGCCAUCAAGCAACAGCAGAUGGUUGAGAACCUGGUGACAGCCAAGAAAGCAGAGGUCAACCAGCUGCAGGCCCAGGUCUGCACGGAUGACGUGCUGGAGAUGGAGAAGAUCACCGUCAAGAAGGUGCAGGUAGAGGAGCGCUUUAAUUCCAUGAGCGAGCCCCUGACACAACGAAGCAACGUUCUGCAUGCCCAGCGCAGAGGGCUGGAGCUCCUCAGGGACAUCGAUGAAGAAAAGAUGUGGAUCCAGCUGAAGAUGCCCCAGGCCACCUCCAACGACAUCGGCAACAGCCUGCAGGCCGUCCAGACCCUGCAGAAGAAGAACAACUCCCUCAAGACGGAGAUCGACGGCCACGAGUUGCGCAUCACAGAGCUGUGCACCCGGGCCAACACCAUGGUGGAGGAGGGCCACCCGCAGAGUGAGAAGAUCCAGACGGGCAUCCAGGAGCUGCAGGACAUGUGGCAGCAGCUGCUGGAUGCCAUGAAGGACCGCAAGGCCAAGCUGAUCGACUCGGAGAAAGCUCAAGAGUACUACUUCAACGCAGCUGAGGCAGAAGCCUGGAUGAGUGAGCAGGAGCUGUACAUGAUGGCAGAGGAGCGGGCCAAAGAUGACGCCAAAGCCCACAGCAUGCUCAAGAAGCACCAGAUCCUGGAGUCGGCUGUGGAGGACUACGCAGAGACUAUCAACGAGCUGUCGCACGAGGCCAAGCAGCUGGUGGAUGAGAACCACCCACAGAGUGACCAGAUAGCCAUCCGUCAGUCCCAGAUUGACAAGCUGUACGCCGGCCUGAAGGACCUGGCCGAGGAGAGACGAGGCCGCCUGGACGAGACCACCAAGCUCUUCCAGCUAAACCGAGAGGUGGACGACCUGGAGCAGUGGAUCGCGGAGAGAGAAGUGGUGGCCGGCUCACACGAGCUCGGACAGGACUUCGAGCACGUCACGGUGAGCACAUGGUUUGGGAACUUCUGCUUUUGGGCCUGUCUGGCAUGUGCCUGUCACUACAUUUCUCUUCAACUGCAGUUCACUAGGAUGCGUGAACAAUUUAGAUUGAAUCACAGGGCUUAAGAACUUGUCAGGUUA